GUCAGCUCGGCUCAGGCGUCGCCCACGUGCCGGGAGGAGCGUCUGCUGGCCUGACGGUGUUGUUGUGUGUGAGAGUGCGUAUGUGCGUGUGUGUGUGUGUGGCUCCAGGAGGACGUGAGGAGACCCCUUGACGUAGCGUGUGGCACCUGCAGGAAGCGGAGGCACCACCACCACCAUCACUACCACUGACCGGCCAGCUACUGGGACACUACUGACUUCAUUUAUCACCACUACCACUCCCACCUUCAUAAGUCACCACCACCACCAGGCAACACCAACCCAGUAAUCCAAGAUGUCGUGGUUGUUUGGCAUGAACCAGCGGCCUCAAGACUUCUCGCAGUUUGUGCCGCCAGCAGCAGCAGGAGGUGGGGACCAGGAUGGCGGCGGGGACUCAGGUGAUGGGAAGGGUAUGAGGGGCGGAGCCAUGGAGGCCUAUCGUUUUGACUCCUCUGCCUUGGAGAGGGCUGCCAAGGCUGCCAAGGAUCUGGAAAAGUCAGCUUACGCUAAAGAAGCUUUUGAACUGACAAAAAUGCAGGAAGAAACCAAACAGAAGGAACUAAUGGGUACAGCCAAGGAGAUGGAGCGACAAAUAGAGCUGGCCAAGGCAGAAGGGAAGCGAAUUGAGCAGGAAGAAAGAAGGAAAACUCUGCAAGAACAGUCCAAGCUAGACCAGCAGAAGUCUCAGUAUCAGGACCAGCUGGCACGGAAGAGGUAUGAGGACCAGUUAGCACAACAGCAGAGGAUGAAUGAAGAGAACAACAAGAGGCAGGAGGAGUCUGUGGCCAAGCAAGAGGCCAUGAGGAAAGCCACCAUAGAGCAUGAACUUGAGCUGCGGCACAAGUACGACAUGAAGAGAGUGGAGGCAGAGAUGGCCGCCAGGGCCCGGACAGAGAGGGAGAACCAGGACCUCACACUGGAACAGAUUCGGGUGCGUGCGGCAGAGGACCGAGAGACAACCCUCAAGAGCCUGGCGGAAAAACGGGAGACCAUCCUCUUCCAUCAAGUAAGUGUGUUGACUGCUGGAGCAGCAAUUGGCACUGGUGUUGAUGCUUUCCUGAGUGAGCCAGCCAAGAUCCAGGCAGCAGUGGCAGGCCUGGUGGCCCUCACUGCUGGCUACUAUGCUGCCAAGGGGUCACUUGGCAUUGGGUUUAGAUUCCUGGAGGCAAGGUUAGCCAAACCAUCACUGGUGCGUGAGACUUCAAGGAUCAGUCCCUUUGAAGUGGUGCGACACCCCGUUCAAACUGUCAAGAAGCUGCAGAAGAAGCCAGAGGAUGUGCUGGAUGGUGUUGUUCUGAACCCCAAGGUGGAGGGGAGAGUAAGAGAUAUUGCUAUUGCCACAAAAAACACAAAGUUCAAUAAAGGCAUGUACCGCAACAUUCUUCUGCACGGCCCGCCAGGAACUGGCAAGACACUCUUUGCAAAGAAACUUGCCAUGCACUCCGGGAUGGAUUAUGCAAUCAUGACGGGAGGAGACAUUGCUUUGCUGGGCAAGGAGUCUGUUGGUGCCAUCCAUAAGGUGUUUGACUGGGCAAGCACAUCACGCAAUGGUUUGGUGCUGUUUAUUGAUGAGGCGGAAGGAUUCCUGCGGAAACGUCAUGAAAACAUCAGUGAGGAGCUGCGGAUGGCCAUCAGUGCUUUCCUGUACCGGACUGGAACGCAGACCGACAAGUUUAUGAUGGUGCUGGCAUCCAACACUCCAGAGGUGCUUGACUUUGCUGUGGUGGACCGAGUGCAUGAACCGGUGGAAUUCCCUCUCCCAUCAUUGUCUGAACGAGAAAGACUUGUAAGACUCUACUUUGAGAAGUACAUCCUCCUCCCGGCGUCUGAAGGCAAGCGGAGGCUGAAGGUGGGUGACUUUGACUACAGUGCUGCCUGCUCAUCUGUGGCCAAGGUAACAGAAGGAAUGUCAGGCCGAGAGAUUACCAACUUGGCUCUGGACUGGCAGAUGACCACUUAUGCCUCCCUGGAGGGCAUGUUCUCUGAGGAGAUCAUGCUGAACAGAGCAAAGGCAGCUGUGGAGCACAAGAAGCACAAGGUGUCUUGGCGAAGCGCCCAUGAAGACAAGAAGUCUGUGUUCAGUGCAGCGGUGAUUGCUGCUGCCAAGGAGGCGGCUUCGUCCCCAGGUGAGAAGCCUGCUGCACCCCCUCCUGAGAAGCCUGACUCACCGCCGCCUGAGAAGCCUGCUGCUGCCAGCUGAGAGGGAGACCUGCUAGGGACCAAUAUUGCUAGGCCUUGUGAUAAAACAUAAGGGUUUGUACAAGCUGCUGUGAGUGGAGAUUGUGGGUGUUUUCCUCCCUCAGUAGAAAGUGUCACUUUGAAAUGAAUAAUGUGCAGCUCAAUGAAAAAAAAGUUAAUAGUAGAAUUCAGUGUUUGAGUAUCUGCUUGGGGUGAGACUAAGGCCGCUGGGAGAUUUCAAGAAGCAAUAGAGUAGAAUUUCACUUAAAUUGUUGCAAAAAAGUAGUCUUUUAUUAAUAUUACUAUCAAGUAACUAUUGCCACAUUUUAUUGGAUUUCCAUAGUAAUGUAUGGUGGUACACAGUGAUCCCUCAAAUGUGUAAAAUCUGCAAAGUUCAUCUUCAUUAACAUACCUAAGACAUGUCAUGAAUCUAAGUCAAUGUACAAUAGAGAAUGUGAAGAGGUACAACUCCCUGUGUGUCUUUCCACUUUAUGAUAAGUGUGGUGCCAUUCCAUAUUACUGUUUAUAUUGUCAAUGCUGAACCAAAAAUAACUUAACUAUCAAAGUUUGAACAUGUAAUGUGUUAUGUAUGGAGGAAAGCAACAAGGCAGAUGUACAAACUUGUUUUAUUAUAAGUUUGCUUGUUUACUACAGAAACAAUGAAUAAUAUUUUUGUAGUGUUCAAGUAAAUAAUUGUACAGGUAAACAAUUUGGAAUUGUACAGCGUCUGUAUAGAAUGGUAAAAUAAAUUGUUUUAUUGUU